UUGAGAGCAGAAAGAUCCUCAGGAUAUCAUUAGCCAAAGGAAAAUCUCCGCAUUCCCACCCAGUCCAGGAGUCGAAAUCGUAUCACAGGGCAAGAGCCUUUCUCUCCAGCUACAGGCUUCAUUUCCCAAGGAGCAAGAGGGACCUGGGAGAGCCAGACUGGGGCAACGGAGCCAGCCAGCAUCCAGCCAGAACCCUGGAGGAGGGGUUCCCCAUCGUGCCGGCAUCCCGCCAGGAAACAGCCGGCUGAGUUCCAACCACCGAGCGAGCGCAGGAGCUCAGAGCGAGGGCGCAUCCUGGGCUGCUGGCUGCGGGGUUCGCUACCCAGGCUCUGCGCCGCAGCCACAUGAAGCCAGCUGGGGAGGGGGGUCAGGGUGCAGCAAGGCGACUGGGACUGAGGCUGACGCCGUCGCAGGGAGGCAGUGACUCCUAAGGGGACCCCCCUCCUCUUCCUUGCGCCUGGGCGAAAAGUCUUCUCCAGGGGUCCCCGGUCAUCCUGAAUAUCCAGGAUGGUGUUCCUGAAGCUUCUCUGGAUGGGUUUUCUGUGCCACCUGUGUCAGGGCUAUUUCGACGGUCCUCUCUACCCAGAGAUGUCCAAUGGGACCCUGCAUCACUACUUUGUGCCGGACGGGGACUACGAGGAGAACGACGACCCCGAGAAAUGCCAGCUGCUCUUCAGGGUGAGUGACCACCGGCGUUGCUCCCAGGGGGAGGGGAGCCCGGCCAGCACUCUGCUAAGCCUCACCCUGCGGGAGGAAUUCACCGUGCUGGGCCGCCAGGUGGAGGACGCGGGGCGCGUGCUGGAGGGCAUCAGUAAGAGCAUCUCCUACGACCUUGACGGGGAGGAGAGCUAUGGCAAGUACCUGCGGCGGGAGUCCCACCAGAUCGGGGAUGCCUACUCCAAUUCGGACAAGUCCCUCACUGAGCUGGAAAGCAAGUUCAAGCAGGGCCAGGAGCAGGACAGCCGGCAAGAGAGCAGGCUCAACGAGGACUUCUUGGGGAUGCUGGUCCACACCAGGUCCCUGCUGAAGGAAACGCUGGACAUCUCCGUGGGGCUCAGGGACAAAUAUGAGCUGCUGGCCCUCACCAUCAGGAGCCAUGGGACCCGACUAGGUCGGCUGAAGAACGAUUAUCUUAAAGUGAAGAUGUCUGCGGUGCCUCUGUGGGGAUGUGUUUAAGUUAAAGGAGCCACAUUUAAGAAGCCUAACCUUUGUGGUGGUCAUGAACUCCUGUGAUAUGCCGAUUUGCCAUGUCUCUGGUUGUGUGAGUGUGUUAUCAGCGCUGCAGUCCAUUACAAAGAAGUAGGUAGAUCGUCUUGACACACCUCCAAAAGCCUGUGAUUUAGGUUACCAGUGUAUUCUUUCUCAUUUGGGGGUUUUGCUUCUGUUUGCUUAUUGAAAACUUGUACUUUGAGUAGAGGGAAUUCUAAUUCUCAUAACUCCCUAACUAAGUUUUAUUAUUCAGCCAAUAAAUAUGUUCUUAUAUAA